GUGGGUAUAUAUAUCACACACCACUUGCAAACUCCCCCAUUCAUUUUUCUCUCCAUCACUUCCAUAUUCAAAUCACUUGUAUUACUUAAAUUCUGAAGAAAAAAAAGCCUCGAGGGGUCGAAAGAGAAAGAACAGGAAGUAAAGGGAUGGAGCCGAGCAAUUUCCCAGUGGUAUCGAAGAAAUUCUGGAGAUUUGUGAGGACCGCUUUGUCAAUGUUGAAAGAGGGCAUGAUCGUGUCCAAGACGAAGCUGAUGCUGGAUCUCAACCUCCUACUCAAGCGCGGAAAACUCGCCGGAAAAUCCGCCUUUCACAACCUCCUCUUCCACUCCACCACCGCCGGCGGCGGCGGCGGAAGCAAGCUUCCCAAGGAGUACUACGAGUUCAGCUGCAGCAACAGCCCCGCCGCGUACCCCGGCAAGAAGGGCAAGCGCCGCAACGGCGCCGCCGCCUUCGACGAGAUUCUGGCGGCCAACGCGGUGGUGAAGGCGCUUGAGGUUCUUCACGCCGCCGAAGCGCCAUCCCCGGCUCUGCCCGGAUUCGGCAGGACGCCGGUGGUCCGGCAGCUCAGGGUCUCCGACUCCCCGUAUCCGAUUAGAGAGGCGGAGGAGGGCGGCGGCCAGGUGGACGCCGCCGCGGAGGCUUUCAUUUCCAAAUUCUAUAACGCCCUCAGGCGGCAGGGCAUGGAAGAUAAAUGCUAAAGUCAGGGAAAAAUAUAUUUUGUACUCUUUUUUUAAUUUAUGAAUUAUUACAUCUGGUUUUGGUCAGCCGGGCGGUUGCAACGUUUAAUGCACGCGCCUGCACGCAAGAUGUAGAAGGGUUUUUGAACCCGGUUUGGGUGUUCAGUCGGGACGGUUCAGCCACGGUUAAAGUUAAACCGCCCACGAUGACCGGAAUAGUGAUUCAUCGACGUAUGGAGUAGGGAGUAUUUAUUCUGGUGUGGUCGUGGGUGAAAUCGUUGUAUAAGAGAUGCUUUUGUGCUCUGUAUUAACUUGAAGCUUUCAGAAUUUCUGAUUGAUCUUAUUAUUCAUUUAUUAUUGCAUUUUUAUAGCCCAUAAAAGAGAUUUCUCCUA